UUAUGCAAAGCUAUUGUAAGUAUACAAUGCAAACUCACUAUCAAUCUGGCACAUGCACGGUAAGCACACAAUAUUAUAUUCUCUAAGAUAUUGCUAUCAAGUUAGUAGCUAUGGCCAACAAAUACAUAUACCGAAAUGUGAGACUCUUCAAAAACGAUACCCUUGGUACUGGCUCCUAUGGAGCAGUGUGUAAAGCCAAGUGCGAUCAGCUACUCUGUGCUGCCAAGCUGCUCUAUCCAGUGUUAUUCCAAAUGAUUGCUCCCGAUCUUGGCAAAGAACAUAGACAUCCGUUUAGAAGGUUCGAAAUGGAGUGUGCAUUUUUGAGUCGGAUAAACCACCCCAACAUUGUACAGUACUUGGGGACCUAUCGCGAUCCCGACACAAAUGCACCAGUUCUUCUCAUGGAGCUCAUGGACGAGAGUCUGACACACUUUCUGGAGUCAUCACCUGGAGACAUUCCAUACCACAUCCAAGUCAAUCUCUCCUAUGACAUAGCUCAAGCACUUGCCUUUCUCCACUCCAAUGGGAUCAUCCAUCGUGACCUCUCCAGCAACAAUGUCCUACUGGUUGCAGGAAGUCGAGCAAAAGUCACUGAUUUCGGAAUGUCCAAAUUCACAGACAUAAAUGGUACUAUGACCACAUGCCCGGGAACACCAGCAUUCAUGUCUCCCGAGGCACUAAACGAACCACCUGUGUACACAGAGAAAUUAGACAACUUCUCAUUUGGUGCGCUUUUAGUUCAGACUACAACUCGACAGUUUCCAAAGCCAGCAGAUCGAUUUGAGAGCAUUCGAAUUCCCGAUCCACGAAAUUCAGGUAGCACAAUUGAAGCUAAAAUAGCAAUCCCAGAAUGGGAGAGACGACAAGCCCACAUCAGCCUGAUUGAGCCCACCCACCCUCUACUGCCGAUUGCCCUUCACUGCCUCAAAGACAGAGAUGUUGAACGACCAUCUUCCCAACAGCUUUGCCAAACACUGGAUACUCUCAAGAGGACCCCACGAUACCAGGAAAGCUCCCAACAAGACCUGCACCAGAUACUCAGAGAGAAAGAUGAAGCAAAUCAAAAGAUAAUAAUGAUGAAAGAUGAGCAAAUUACUGAACAAUUACAAGCAAAUCAAGAAAUGAUGACACAUAAAAAUGAGCAGCUACACGCAAAGGACAUUGAACAUCAAACCCUUCUACAUGAGGCCGAUACCAGGGAGAGACAACUGAGGAGUCUUAACCAAGAGUUACAGUCAAGUGAAGACAACACUGCUGCUCUCCGACAAGCCAUCGAUCAACGAGACAGAGAAAUGACUCAACUGAGACAAACAUUGGCAAGUAAGGACAAAGAAAUUCACGAUCUAUCGACUCGAAUCUACCAAGUCGAACUGCAAGAUAUGAGAGAAGAUCAAGCUACGUUAGUGAGACCUGUUCAAAUCCUGAAGUGGGAGUCACUACCUGAUGUACCUUUCGUUAUGAGCGAUGGAUCAUCAGCCAUGGUUGGAGAUAAAGCAUACUUCAAAUGUCUUGGAAAGGAACCUAUUUACGAGUUCAGCAACAAUCAGUGGCACACAUUACCACAACGCCUAAGAAAAUUCUUCACUAUCGUCAGUGUUGAUGACAUGCUCACAACUGUGGGAGGACAGUUAGACACACAUCGCUAUAGCAACAAACUCUACAGUUACAUUAACAACAAAUGGGUCCUGCACUUUCCUCCCAUGCCUACCAAACGGAGGGUGCCUGGAGCUGCGUACGCUAAUAACACACUUGUAGUGGCUGGGGGAUAUUAUGAUCUCAAUUAUUUUACGACUGUCGAGAUACUGAACACAGUGAACAUGCAAUGGGCUAGUGUUAGCUCACUACCUGCACCAACCCCUCGACCAUCAGCAACGAUCUGUGGAGACUAUGUGUACAUACACCCACGAGCUAGUGAUGACCAAGAAGAGCAUUCAGUGUACAAAUGCUCAUUAAGACAACUAACUCAGUCCCAGCCAAGCUCCGCAAUAUGGGAGAAGAUUUCCCAUUGGCCGUUUAGCAGGUUCUCACUUGUUACUGUCAAUGGCCACCUGCUGGCAGUGGGUGGGAGAGACUCUAACAGAGAUAUAAUAUCCAAGGACGUAUAUCAGUACAAUACGACAUCGUGGACUAUCGUUAGUCAAAUGUCCAAACCUCAAUUAGCAUGUCUCACUGUUGUCCUCCCUGGGAACAAACUGAUGGUAGUAGGAGAAGGAUUUGGUGCACAGACAAAUUGUGAAAUAGCUACUUUUGUAUAGUGCUUACCAGUAAACAGUUUGCUCAUGAAUAUUCGUAAUGAUUUUGUGAACUAUAAAUGCCAUGAUAGAAGUUUGAAGCACAUAUACAUGAUAAAUAUAUUGGUGUAUCAUCCUUAAGAGAAGUUAAAAGAUUUUCAAGUGGAAGCUCUGAGCGAUCAUCAAGUUACACAAACUAGUCCUUUUAAACUUCCAAAAACACUUUUAGCUCUGUGUUCUUGCUCGUAUAUAUAUGAUGCUUCUUACCCUUUUGGAGGGCGGGUCCAAGCGUUUUUUCUUUCCAGGCCAAGAAACACUCACAAAGUAUAGACUAUAACUUCCAGCUCAUUCUAUAGCUGG